AUGAGCGAUGCUUGCCCAUCCUCGGGGUUGGUGCUGCACCAUCUGGAGCUCAGUCGAUCAAAUCGGAUCCUAUUCCUGCUCGAAGAGCUUCGCAUCCCAUAUACUGUGAAACACUACAAGCGCGAUCCUGUCACGCGGUUGGCUGGAGACGAUCUGAAGCAGAUUCAUCCUCUCGGGCGAUCACCCGUACUCACCGAUGGAGACCUCACGAUUAUCGAGACGAAUGCGAUCAUCGAGCAUCUUAUGCUUCACUACUACGAUCCUACACGAGUAGCGCUAGGACCGAAACUGGGCGAAAAGACUCAGGAUAGCAUCGACGUCGCUGCGUGGAUCCAGUUCUCAGAAGCUUCGAUCAUGCUCCAUGCGAUCCCGCUACUGUAUGCGGUGCGCGCUGGAGCGACUACCCCAGACGCGUCAGGUGCAAUGGACAAGAUCGUUGCAAGGGGCUUGAAAGCUGAUCUAGUGUACGUGGAGGAGCAGCUCGAGAGCAACGAUGGCAGGUUGGUGAAAGGCUACGACUUGACAGCUGCGGACUGUGCGAUGCUGUACAGUGUGGAUAUCACUGUGCAUAUCUUGGCCGCCAUGAGCAAAGAGUGGAGCAGAAACUUGGGCAUUUCGGUCGGAGCCAGGACAACCGAGUGGAUCGAGAGGUGUUCGAAACGAGCUGCAUUCCAAGCUGCGCUCAGCAAAGAAGGGUAUGGAGGAAAACAGGACUGGCUGGCUCACUUCUUCAGUGGGUCUCUGUCCGUCGAUGCGCUGCAGCCCAACAAGAGAAAGAGCGUCUUUCGACCAUGCAUCGACCUGCACGAAGGUGUAGUCAAGCAGAUUGUCGGUGGUACACUAACCGACGAAACCGACUCUGCCACACUCAAGACCAACUUUGUCGCCACCCACAGCGCAGCGCACUUUGCCUCGCUGUACAAGCAACACAACCUCACAGGGGGUCACGUGAUUAAGCUCGGUCCGAGAAAUGACCAAGCAGCCAGUGCUGCCGUAGCUGCCUGGCCAAACGGAUUGCACGUUGGAGGAGGGAUUAACGCGGACAAUGCUGCAGAGUGGCUGAGACGGGGAGCGGAGAAGGUGAUCGUCACAUCGUACCUAUUCCCAGACUGCAAGUUCAGCCUGUCGCGAUUGGAAGCGUUGAGUGGACAAGUGGGGAAAGAGAGGCUGGUGGUGGAUGUCAGCUGUCGCAAGAAAGCCGAUCGGUGGAUUGUGGCCAUGAACCGAUGGCAGGAUAUGACGGAUAUGGAGGUGAACAAGCAAAGUUUGGACCUCUUAGCCGAGCAUUGCAGCGAGUUUUUGAUCCAUGCGGCCGAUGUCGAGGGGUUGUGCCAGGGGAUCGAUCAGGAGUUGGUGCAGAAGUUGGGCGAAUGGGUCACCAUCCCCACGACGUAUGCGGGCGGUGCGAGACACUUGGGUGACCUGGAACUCGUCGAUAAGUUGAGCGGCGGCAAGGUGGAUCUGACGUUUGGAAGUGCAUUGGACAUCUUUGGCGGCAAGGGCGUCACGAUGGACGACUUGAUCAAGUGGAACUCUGACGCUCACAAGUAG